GCUGAGCAGCCGGUUGAGAUGGACCUGGACAUGAUUCGCGGACUGCUUGGCGAGCGGGCAAGCUUGAUUAAGGCUUCGAGCAGCCGGCUGUUCGUUGAGCCCGUCUUUACGGUAGAGCAGAAACUGGACUUAUGCCUGGGGGUGAUACAGGAUAAA